AGAGCGCACAGGACCAGGAGAGCGGGAAGAGAGCACUUGUGACCUAGGACACUGUAGCUGAUUUGUUAUUGGUUUGUUGCCCGUGCGGCACACACACACAUAUAAUAUAUUUAUACAUUACCAGAGCUUCUUGCCGUUUGGAUACAGUCGGUCGUGGCCGCUAUGGGCUGUGCGAGCUGGUGGGUGCACGGAUUUGUCUUUGCCGCUGUUCUGCACUUCGCAAUUCUUCCGCUUAGCUCUGGGAGUGCAGCCAGCAGGAAGUGUGAUACCAUCUAUAAAGGAUUUGCAGAAUGUUUAAUCAGCCUCGGGGACAGUAUGGCUCAAAGUGUCCAGCAACAUAAAGAGGACACUAUAGAAGAGGUGGAAGAACUUGACUCAAUAUGCAAGUCUUGGGAUGAGUUUCACAAGUGCGCCAGUAAUGUUCUAGUUAACUGUCCUGAGGAAGCAGCAGCUAUUUGGGAAUCUUUGCGUCAGGAAUCCAGGAAAAUCCAGUACCAGGGCAACUUGCAUGAUCUAUGCAGCUCCAGAAAGAACAGCAUGAGAGGGUACGAUACCGGAGAGACCAACAAGGAAACUCUGAGAGGUUCAGCUUAUCUUGCACAGUUCAGCCUGUCGUCUGGCAUCUUUGCAUGGUUACUUCAAUGGAUGAUCCUUCAACAAGCAUGAUAAUCUUCACAGCUCACCCACCAACCAAAUCUGUACCAACAGAUCUUAAGAGGAGACUAUGACCUACUGUUUAUUAAUGUAGGAAAAUACGUUUUAGGCAGGGGGCCAGGGCACGUGAGGUGCAGACUAUAAAGACCAUAAACCUCAUAACUGCAGAUAUCAUCUCGUGUCUACACACUCCUUGAGGAGUUAUAGAUAUCAGCCAUGUGUACCAUAUUAGGCUCAGAUUACCUGGAGGGACUACCCAUUUAUCUCAGCAUUCCUGCACUACUAGUUUUAAUUUACAAAUACAAGGUACUUGUAUAACUUACUGGCUUAGUCACAUCAGACAACAACUUAUUUUUUUAUAGUCAGGUUCAGUUUAUUCAUCUUAAUGAAAUGUAUGUCUGGCACCUCUAUAUUUGUAGAGUAAGAAUGCAGUAUGAUCAGUCUUGGUAUGAUGCUCCAAAAAUUAACAUAAUCGGUCAGUUGUCCUAAAACAUCGGGCACCCUGGCUCUUCUCAAAGGUGUAGGGGGUAUAAUUCUGUAAUAAGAUCUGUCUGUAAGUGGUUUAAGAGCAGACAAAUAACAAAAUUGCUAAUCUGCCUGUCUGCAUAAAGCUUUAAAUGACCACUUAGUCUGGGAAAAUCAAAAUAUCUAAGUCAAUUUCCAUCUCUAGCACGUACCCAAUAUGACAAGAUUUGUAAGACUUGCUUCUUUCACUGAUAUUACAUUUCAUACUGUACUGAUCUUGCAAUGGACAUACUAAUAUUUGUAAAUAUGGCAUACCUUGAACUAAGUAUGUUUUCAAAUGAUUUUACAUCCAUUCUCAGGAAUCUCUCAACUCAAGCUUUCCUAGUCAGUCCAGAAUAUUUAGUGCUACAUGGAUCCUACCAUUGUCUUGUUUAAACGCUACUAAUUUAUAUUUGGCAACAGUCUACAUUUCAACUCCCAGAGAACCGUAUCAGCUUCCCAAAUCCACCGUAAAAAUUGAGAAUGGUAAAACAGAAUACAGAACCAAAUGCUCAGCUACUGACUUGGCUGGAUGGCAACAAACUUGGCUGACAGUACCUACAAAUUUCUAAAAAAUAUAUAUAAUUAACUCUAAUCAAUAUCUGUGCAUUUAUAAAUUUGUAUAUGAAUAAAUAGUAUACAUAUAGCUUUCUGUGUUCUCACAAAUAUUUGUAUAAAUAAUGAUACAUUUCACAUACUGUCAAACUCACACCUUUAUAUGCAAAUAACUGAUAGAAUUCUAUAUGUGUAUGUAUGUAUGCAUCAGCUUCUCCUGUCUUCAAACCCAUACACUGUUUUACUAUGUGUUUAGGAAUCAAAUUCAAAACAUUGACCCUAAACUAUAAAGGUUUCAGCAACCUUGCACCAACUAUAUUUCCUAAUUUAUCUUUCAAUACUCCCUGAGCCACAAUCUGUUACCUAAAUUAGUUUGUUCCCGUCAUUCCUACGUUCCAACUCUUACUUCUACGACCCAUGUCUACUCUCUAGAACAGUAUACCCUGCUCCAUCAGACAGUCUCUCACCUUGCAUAGCUUCAAGUGCUCAUUGAAAACCCUUCUAUUUAGAGAGGUUUAACCUAUUCCAUGAAAGUUUUUUUUGUAACUGCCAAAAAUAAAAAAAUCUUUAAAGUGAAGAUAAACUUUGAUGAAUGAAAGCCCGUUAUUUAAAAAUACUAUUAAAAACAGGGUCACUUUCAUUCAUCAAAGUUUACAAAGCAGACAUUUUGGUAAACAAAUUACCUUUUUUCCUUUUCACUGCUACAGCAGCUUCCACCACCUAGAGAUCCUCUAUUCACACGUCAGCAAUGAUUAAUCCUGCUUCCUCCAAUCACAGCUUUCCCCCCAGGGUAGUCAUUGCCUGAGGCCAUGCUGUGAUUGGAGGAAGCAGGAUUAGUCAUUGCUGACGUGUGAAUAGAGGAUCUCUGGGUGGAGGAAGCUGCUGUAGCAGUGAAAAGAAAAAAAGGUAAUUUUUUUAACAAAACGGCUGUUUUGUAAACUUUGAUGAAUUAAAGUGCCCCUGUUUUUAAUAGUUUACCUUCACUUUAACCCUGCCACAAAUAAAAGGUUGCAUGAUAAGCAACCCCACACAUUCUGGCUCCUCACCUGUAGAUUGAAAGCUCCUCAGAGCAGGGCCCUCCUCAUUAUUUAAUUAUUUGUUUUCUUUAUUUUAAUUUGUUUAUAUAGCUAUAUUUUUACUAUAAAUGAAUGCCUUUGUGUAUUUCUACUCAUGCUCUGGACUUUGUCAGCACUAUACAGUUAAAUGAUUCUAUAUAUAAUUACAUGCAUUCAUACAUACACAAAAACAUUAAUUAUCAGACUGGCUGUGUGUAUAUAAUAUUGUCUUACAGUAAACUGUAGGAUUUCAUAUUUUUGUUACUUCUGUUGACAUGAAAAAAUUUAAAAAAAGCAGAAUGUUUAUAAUGUAUGUAUAUAAUUAUUAUAAUGACUUUAUGUGGGUUCCACAUUUUACUAGUAUUACCAAGUAUGCAUAAAAUAAAUGUUUUUAGUUUCCCUUG